AAAAAAAAAAUACAAAAGACAAUACUGUUGGAUCUGACACAAUCGGUGCAUAUCACAUAGCUUAGGUAGAAGCUCAUUAGAAACUUAACUAACUGCAGUCUGUUUAACAUUUCAGGUUUCAUUUAGUUUGAGAAUUAUUUCGUUUAAAGCUUAGAUAUGCACUGAUUUAUGACAUGACAAAAGUAGAACAACGUGUUUUAAACAAUAUUUUACCGAAUUAACUUCAGGGAUUAUUGUAGAUAUAUGCUUUUUCUGGGUUCAGGUUCAUGUACCAUCUUUUUGAACAAUAAACUUGCCCGUCACGGUGGUCCCUCAAUAGGCUGACUACCUGUAAUAGUCAGUCACUUUGCCAUCACAUUAUCCUUGUGGAUCAGUUAUAUCUACUUAUGUUCAGUGGUAAAUUUAGAUUUGUUAUAACAGAGCUCAUAGCUAUUGUGGGAGUAUAUGGAGCGUUUUAACAUUAUAAUACAGUAGAAAAACAACAUCUUGUUUUACAUUUUAUUACAUUUCUAUUCUUUUAUUAACAAUAUUUAACUAAAGGCCACCAUGUUCUCUGGCAUGUGACAGGCCUCGAAGUAAAACCUCAAAGGAGUUUCAUAGUUCAGGAAAUGGAAAAAGUGACUAUAUUAAUCUUACCCUCUACUGAUCGCGAACAAGAUAAGCGAUGCAGCACCAUUUCAAACGGAUGUUUUCAAUGAAUACACUGAAACAUGAGAUGCAGAUUUUUUUAAAAAUGGCUGUCACAUUUCUCUUCCACUUUUGUGUGACAAGCUCACUAAUAGCUUUAGCAAUAUAUCUGCCAGUCAAGCACAAUGACUGCGCACAGGCAGGCAGGUGUGUUCGUAGCCAGCAGGUUCAAAUCCAUUCAUAUAAGCUGAAUGAGAUGAUUCUAUGUGCUUAUCAAAAGCUCUUCAACAGCCAUGUGUACAUGAUUUUUAUUUUAUUCGUCAGAGCCUUUGAUUUAUUGAUUGUUGCCAGGACAUUAAGAGAUUUUCAAUGACAAAAUUGCUUCAAGAAAACUUACCAACAACAGAUUUAGUUAAACACCGUCAACAGAAUUUACGAAUAGCACUAUGAAAAUCAAAUUUGUAUCAUGCUCUGGAGUUGAUAGAGAUGUGGAGGUGUUUAAACCCACAUCAUUUACAUGAAUUGAUGACAUGCGCUGAUGACUGAAAACAGACUAACUGCCUCAUGCAUGGAAGCAUAUAAGAACUGAUGUUGUCAGUGAGGUGCGCCACAGCUCUUCAGUAGUUCGACUGAAGCGCAACCUCACCAUGUUCAGCCACUGUGAACUGGUGCUACUCAUACUUGCGCUGACUCUUGAUCGUCAAGUUCAUACGGUCAUCGGAGGCAAAGAGGCUGUGCCGCAUAGCAGGCCAUACAUGGUGAUUCUGGAGAGGAAAAAGGGGAAUGACAGAAAAACCUGUGACGGCUUCCUUCUGAACGAAGAGUUUGUGUUGACUGCAGCCCAUUGCAAGGCCGAGUCCUACAAAGUCUGGCUGGGAGUUGACAAUGUCCAUAACCAAAAUGGGGUAAAGCAUGUGUCUGUGGAACAAGCAUUUCCACAUGAAAACUACAGUCAGCUGACUUACCUCAAUAACAUAAUGCUUCUUCAGUUGAGCUCCAAGGUGAAGUUCAACAAAAAUGUGAAAGGCAUCGCUCUUGCAGACGAAGGUGACUCUCCGCCAAAUUCAUGUCUAGUCUCUGGCUGGGGAAAAACUUCUGACGCCAAUGAAUAUGGGUCUGAUGUUCUCAUGGAAGUCAAUGUAACACUCGUUGACGAUGAGCAGUGUGCUGAGAGGAACUGGUACUGCUCUGUGGGAGAAACUGGGCCGGGCCAAGGAGACUCUGGUAGUCCACUGGUCUGCGAGGAUGGAAAGGCAUACGGAGUGGUGUCCUUCAAGAUCAAAUUAAACAAAACAGAUGACCAGCCUAUCUAUGUCUUCACAAAGAUUCCUGACUACAGAAGCUGGAUCAUUUCCAUGAUCGAGCAUCAUGGGAAAAAACAUUCAAAUUUAUGCACAUUAUACUGAAGCUGAACUGUUCAUUUUCAGACUAAAUCCAAAGCAAUUAGUCUGUCAGACCAAAGUCGGGACUUCACACAGACGUCACAAUAACAUGAUUAUUACAAAUGAUGUUUGGAAUGUUAAAAAAAAAAAAAAAAAAAUUAAAACAUGAAUUUGAUUUGCUUUUAAUCAGAACAUUAUAAAUACACUAUAAAUAGUAUAGUAAUAGUACAUUUAAAUGUAGAUUUGAUGCUGUAAAUUAGGUUCUAUAUAUGUUAAACUAGAUGCUUUCUGUCCUCCUGCUCUUAAAUCCAACAUUACUUUACACUUCGUAUAUCUUCUUCUUGACUUGACAAAAUGAGAACACAGGAUCCUCUAAAUUUGUAUCGUAGCAUCUUUUUUAAAUGAUAAACUGCUGUUUGUCUCGCCAUGUUCUCUCAGUGCCUCUGUUCAUUCCUGUUUGAGCAUGAAUUAAAAUCACACACAAAAGACAACACUGCCUCCUUGUGAUGAAACUGUAUUGAUGCAGGUUCACUUUUCACUUCUUGAAACUUUC